UUUGACAGUAAAGGUAUAGGAUACGUGCAGGUAGAUGAGUCGAGCCACGCGAGGGACAGAGAGGAUUUGUGAGCGAACUCACUUUCCCUCCUUUUUCUCUCCUCCCCUCUCUUUUCUUUUCCUUUCCUCUUCUGACUGAGGCGCAAACAGUCUCUGCUCUCUCUCUCUCUCUCUCUCUCUCUCUCUCUCUCUCUGUCUCUCUCGUUUUACGGAGGCAGUUUGCAAUUCCUGCUCUUCAUGCCAGAGCCUGCAGCUGUCUCGGUUGCGUCCCACCGCCACUGGUGUGGGAAAGCUUCGCAACGCAUGGAGGAACCGACAGCAGACUUAAUAAUAUUUCCCCCCCACCUAUAGAAACCCAGAGGAUUUUUUUUUGUGUGUAACUUUCUAAACUAUUUCCUGCGUCGUAAGGAGACCGAAUGAAGGGAUUUGUCAGCUGAGACGCCCCGUCCGCGAUAUGACGGAAAUCUUCUUUUUUGUUGCAAUUGUGAAGGACACUAUAGGAAUGUGGAAUGUAAGUCUCUCUCGACGAACAAGCUCCCGCCCCUGAAACCAUGACCACAGAGUUGAACCUGACCUCCUUCCUGAAUGAAACCUCCCCAAGAGGAUGCAACCUCACCAAGACAGGUUUCCAGUUCUACUACCUGCCCAUUGUUUACAUCAUGGUUUUCCUCACUGGGCUGGUGGGCAACAGCCUGGCCAUCUGGAUGUUCGUGUGCCACAUGAGACCCUGGAGCAGCAUCUCCGUCUACAUGUUCAACCUGGCCCUGGCUGACUUCUGCUACGUCCUCUCUCUGCCUUUCCUCAUCUUCUACUACUUCAACAAAACCAACUGGAUAUUCGGGGACGUCUUGUGUCGCCUCCAGCGCUUUAUAUUCCACGUGAACCUCUAUGGAAGUAUUCUGUUUCUCACCUGCAUCAGUGUUCACAGGUACACUGGCGUGGUGCACCCGCUCAAGUCUCUGGGCAGACUGAAGAAGAAGAACGCCGUUAUCACCAGCGCUCUGGUGUGGUUGAUAGUUGUCAUAAGUAUGUCCCCGAUUCUUUAUUAUUCCAGGACAGGUCUGAAGCGUAACGCGACCACUUGCUACGACACGACCACUGAGGACGAGCUGCCGGGUUAUUUCAUUUACAGCAUGACUUUGACUGCGUUCGGGUUCUGCGUCCCGUUCAUCAUCAUAUUUUGCUGCUACGGCAUGAUUGUGAAGGCGUUGAUCUACAACGACAUGAACAACGCGCACCUCAGGCAGAAAUCCAUCCACCUGGUCAUCAUCGUGCUCGCGGUCUUCGCCGUCUCCUACCUGCCGUUCCACGUCAUGAAAAACCUCAACAUGCGGGCGAGGCUCUACUUCCAGAGCCCUGACAUGUGUGAGUUCAACAACCGCGUCUACGCCACAUACCAGGUGACGCGGGGCCUCGCCAGCCUCAACAGCUGCGUGGAUCCCGUCCUUUACUUCCUGGCCGGGGAUACGUUCAGGAGGAAGCUGUCACGGGCCACCAAGAAAACCUCUAGGAAGGGGGAUACCGUCCUUCAGUCCAAGAGCGACGAGACGGCUCUCAACAGCCUCCCCGAGUACACGGAGAACGGGAACCGCAGGAACUAACCGAGGUGUCCUUUUAGUUACGUUAACAGAUGGACUAGGAGUAAAGAAAUGCACUGUGUGGACUAAAGACGAUGUAAAAAUGUAUCAGAUGAUGGUUAACUGCUCCACACGCUGUGUUGACCGUCGCUUGUCAUCAUUGAUAAGCUAUCGUACUGUACUGCCUUGUAUUGUAUCGUACUCAAAAUACUAGAGCCAUUACUUUGUUUUCCAUCAUUUAGCUUGUGUUGCUUACACUUCAGACUGAAUGAGCACCGGGAAAAGCCUGGCUGAGGGGAAACAGAUUGUCGGAUAGGCAAUAAUCCGUUGUCCAUCAAUAUCUUUGGCUAUGUACGGCUUAACGUGAACUGUAUUUUCUCAAGCCAUUUGCUGCUGUUUAAUCAAUACCUAUUUAGCAGGCUGAGAGAUUGCGCCUGAGGAGUCGUAGGCGGUUGGAAUGGCUUUUAGACGAGAAAAUGAUUGCGCUGAGCUUGUGAUUGCUGAACCGAUGUGCACAGCAGACAUUGCAAUGCAUCAUGAGCUGAGACUAUCUGCUCUUUAGCCGUUAAUCUCUGAGGGUUUUUGUUUUUCACCCAGUAUGUAUCACUGUUGGAGGGCAGUGUGUGGUUUUCUCUGAGGUCAAAGUCUGCAAAGGCUCUUUUUACCAAGCAUUUUUCCCUUCCAACUUCUGUCACAGAAAACAUGGGUAAUAUUUGCAGUAUUUUUGUGCAUCUGAGGCUACAGUUGUUUUUCUUUUUUUUUCUAGGUGUACUGUACAGGAUGUUGUGACUGUUGAGAUUACCGUAUUUUUCGGACUAUAAGACGCUACUUUUUCCCCACGCUUUGAACAAUGCGGCUUACAGCCCGGUGGGGCUUUUCUGUGUAUUUCUCUUCAACCACCAGGGGGCUCUUUAGCAGGAAGUGAAUCAUUGGAAGUCAAAAUUGGAAUUCAAAGAAGAAAGUGCUCAUUUUCAUUUAGAACAAGCACAUGCUAGCAGCAGGCAUGACGGAGAAAUUUCUUCAAACUCAUAUGAUGCAGCUUUUAAGUUGAGGGCUUUUCAUCCGGCAGUACAGGAAGGAAAUAGAGCCGCUGCACAUAAACUCGGCGUGAAUGAAACCAUGGUUCGGCAUUGCAGACAGAAGGCUGCGCCUUAAUAAAUCUAGCAGAUUUAUUAGAACGCUUCAUCAUGUGUAUGUUUUUCUUUUCUUAUUUUACUAGUUCGGAGCUUUUCUAAUGCAUAAGUCCAGGCUGAAAGCAGUCCAGCAGGGUGAAAGCAUGAAAGAGUGACUCACCUCAGCAUGUUCUAACUACCCUUGCAUUCAUUGCAACAUAGAAACUCUUAGUCACAAUUCUUCGCUCGCUUUACAGCUCCAUCAACAUGUUGAAGAUCUAUUUGUGUGAGAUACCUCAAAAGUGAAUUGUGCACUGUGUCUGUGUUUGGCAGAUAGUCUUUUAGUUUUUUUUUGUUUUUUUUUUGUUUUUUUUUAUUUGUUUCAUAUCGGUUGUAAGCCUUCUUGAGAAAUGAUUGUGAAAACUCUCUUUGCAUGUUGUAGUGUAGAUGUUUGACGUUCGAAGCCUACUAAUUCCUGUGCCGUGGCCCGUUUUCAGUAUCAAAAAAAGGAAGUAAAUCUGCUGUGCGAGUCAUUUCUUGGCCACAUGCAUCUUUGUCAGUCUUUUUAUUUUUAUUUUUUUAAUGAGCUUAGGAAUUACCAGCUCGACAUAGACCUGUAUGUAUUCUAACAAUAUAGAAACUAUGAGAACAAUACCACAGAGUAAUGCUUUCAUUGUAUUUGCACAUUUUUGUAAAAAAAAAAAAAAAGAAUGUGUAUGGUCUAACAGUUUAUGAUUAAUCAAGAUGUAAAACGAACCAUCACUGGUAUAACUGUGAAAAUGAUACAAUUUAUAAAUUGCAGUUAUUUUUAUUUAGGCUAAUUACAAAAGUGUGUGUGUGUGUUUUUUUUGUGGGUUUUUUUUUGGUCAGCUCAUUCUACCUUUUUUCUGUCAUUGUCUUUUGUAAGGAUAAAAUCAAUAUAGUAAGCUGUUACUUGUUGCUUACGUACCGUAACUAGUCAGACUAUUUGCUCUGCUUGAACAUGAAGUGGGCUCAAUAAGCUGUUCAAAGCUUGUCAGCCGUAGAUUUAAAACAACGUUGCCAUAAUAAGGUAAAUGAAAUAAGCGGUGGUGCUCAUUUAAUUUCCUCUUGAAAUAUGUCCAGAGAGUCAGAGUUGUCUUUACUUUUGUCACAGGAAAGCUGUGAUGGGAAAUUCUGCGUUUUCAGAGAUAAUUACCUUCUAAAACCUUAAAUCACCUUGAUACCAGUAACUGGCCCAAUGCCAAUAUUUACAAAGUAAGCAGGAAACUUAAUAACAGUCAAAAAGAUGAGCUGUUCAAGCACCUUGACCUUGAGAAUUUGAGUAUGGAGUAUUUUCCAAGAAUUUCAUUUUAUAAAUUAAGGAAAAUAACACUGGACAAAGAAAACCAAAUAGCUACUUUACCUCUUUGAUCAGAAUGUGGCUCUGAAGAUUCCAUUAAACAUAAUUUAGCCAGGUUAAGAAAGCUGUGCAGUA